AUGGGCAAAACCACGGCUCGGACACGCACCCAUGGAUCAUCGAUCGAUCCUAACCCGCAAAAGGAUACCGCCGGUCCAUCACGCAAAGCAGCCGGUAAACGAAAAAAAAGAGGAGAAGAGGGAAGCGAUCCUUCCCUUACAAAUGCUGAGAUCAAAACCUAUCGCUCCAAUCUUCGGGGUCGCGCAAUCCGGCCGACAAAAUUCUACCAUAAAAAGUCCAUGAAAAAGCUUGGGGUGCAUGAUGGUGUAUACCAUUUGUUCAUAAAACUCGGUUGGCGUGGUUUUCUUCGACUUUGUGACAGAACUUACGAGGAACCCACAAUGGAAUUUCUUAGCACAUAUGCACGAGAUGAUGACACGGAAGUCCUCACAUUCCAGUUGAAAGGGGAGCAUCAUAGACUCACAUACGAAGAGCUUGAUUCUAUCAUGGGUAUAGACGAUCCAUUCCGCAUCAGCCCCCAAAAUCAAGAGUACCAAGAUUUUCUGCGUUACCCUGAUGCAAACUUUUGGAUGCAAAUUUCCGGUCUCCCAACCUUCAACCCAAGCCGACAGCGAGCCAAGCACAUCGUUCACCCCUGUUGGCGAAUUGCUCACCGAGUCCUUACGACGAGUAUCUUCGGGCGUCUCGAGCCCGGUCAAAUCAACAGAUGUGAGCUAUUUUUCCUCCGAAGCAUGAGGCGUGCACUCUCCCUCAGUUUUUCAGGCUUCUUUUUAGACAAAUGUGACUCCAUACGCCAACGUUCCUCAGGGGAAAUUUUCAUCGGGGGACUUAUCACGAUCAUAGGUCGAGCCGUCGGCCUAGACUUCCCGGAUCCCGAGUACAUACCUGUCGACACCCCACCGAACUUCCUGCUAGAUUGUGACACUCUCAUCCGGAUGGAGAUGUUGCUCGAUCGGGGAACCCGCACGUACAGUUGGUUAGACUCUGACAAAGCCCCGGUUUACAUCCUGCCAAGUUGGAUCGGUUCUUCAUUCGAUACAGGCGACCCCGACACUUGGCUUCCUCCAGAUCAAUUGACCCAAGCAGGUGUAUUCCCAGAAUUCGGUGAUGAUGAGGGUGACGACGCAGAGCAACAAGAGGAAGAAGAUGACGAAGAGAACGACGAGAUGCCCGAAGCUGAGGAUCAUUUUGACCAGCCCUCGAUGCAGCAGCCGAUGUUUCCGCAUGAUCAAUUCCAGGCCCCUCCACAUCAUUUUGACCAGCCGCAUCAGCAGGAGGGACACGAAGUCCCACCAUAUUUCCCCCCAUGUUCUUUGACCAAUUUGCCACAAUGUUCUCCACGGUGCAACGCAUCGACGCCCAAACGCAAGAGAAUUCGAGAGCCAUCCUAG